CCCAUUAGAGAGAUUAUUGCAUAAGGUGUUUUAUCUGUCUUUAGAAUGACGUUAGAAUUAGCUCAUAGGAGGAAAUUGAGGAAAACUCUGCACAUUGACUAAACAACAUAUUGGGCAUUAUCGUUGCGCGCAGUUUCGUUUUAUUUUGCAAAUUAUUAGGAUCUUGAAUUUCUUUUCUUCACCACAAUGUGUCCUAUCGUUUAAAAGUCGAAAUGAAACAAAAACUUCGGAAAUAUAACUCUUCAUUUUAUCCUAAUACGUUCGUUACAUGUUUUUAUUUUUUCUGUUAACAGGAUAAUUUCCUGUGGUUAGGGUCUAUUCAUGUUUUCAAUCAGUAACACGAUGGCUUGCGAGGGAUGUAGCAUCAGAUUUACCAUUCUGAGGAGGAAGAAAAAGUGCGACAACUGUGGCCUGAUCUUUUGCUCUGAGUGUGUGACAGCCAGAAGUAAACUUUAUCAGUGCUACAGAUGCAAAGUGCUCACUUGCGUGCCUCUGAACUGCAAUGACGUUGCCAGCCUCAAGCUCAGAGACUUGCAGUGGUUCCUGGACUUCAAGGGGAUCGAAGUGCCGAGGAAUGAUCUGCGGGAGAAGGCUGUCCUAGUGGAGAAGAUAAUGAAUCAUUCUCGUCCUCCAGUUCACCCCGAGUCCAUAUCUCCCAGUUUUCAACCUCUUUAUCCUACGCUGAUUGAGGAACGCACCGAAAGUCUCUUCAACAGCAACAAUCAAUUAUUCACGGCGUCAACAAUGGAAAGCAGUGGAGGGAGUCCCAUCCGAGGGGUCUCAUCAGAAACUGCAGCAAAUCAAACUGCUACUGAUAACACUAAUUCUGAUCACAAUGAAAUUAAUACCAAUCAAAGUGAUUCAAAUAAAGGUGAUAACACUGAUACUUCUGCUAAAGAGGAAAAAAGUAAUCCUAAAGGUAAAUACCAAAUCAUAAAUUUGGAGUCUGUUGACAGUUGUGAACAAAUCUACAGCCUAUCAAUCAUGGAGCUUAAAUUAUUGCUCACUAGAAAUUCUAUCUCAUUUCGAGGCUGUUGCGAAAAAUCUGAGCUGCAAGAAAAAGUAGUCUGGCUGUGGAAACUGAAAGAGGCAGCUAAUAAUAAAAAUUCUAUUCCUGAUGAGAACUUGUGCAAAAUCUGCAUGGAGGAAACGAUCGAUUCUCUGUUACUGGACUGCGGGCACAUGCUGACCUGCUACCAGUGUGGCAAGCGCUUGCAUGACUGCCCCAUUUGCCGCCAGAUCAUCAUACGUGUCGUGCGGGCAUUCAAAUCCUGAGCUCAUGACUUUCAUUGUGAUUACCAAAGAAUAAAUGUGAUUCGUACUCUGUUCCGUUUGACGACGACGUCGAUAUUUCUCAACUGUUAUCGUGUUUGUAAAUACGUUCCAAUAGUGUAUUUUGUUAAGUGAAGUUUCCAAUUUAUAUCAUCUUGUUGAUAAAACAUGACAAUAUAUGCUUCAUUCAAUCAUAAAUAAAGUAUCA